AUUCGUUUCAAGAAUUAUCUGCAGUUCGAUUACUGUGCCUUAUCUGGGUUUAGUAAGUCACACCAGUUCUGUACCUACCUCUACGUAUCUGAUAACAACGGUUGCGAUAACGCCCGAUACCUAGCUGACUCAGAUUGACUUCAUUAGCCGUGCGUGAAUAACUGAGUGAGAUGGUGACGUGAGGCACUAGCAUGCGCUGGUCGAAGUGGUGGUGGGUGGUGGUGGCGCUGCACGCGCGCUCCCUCGCGCAGUCCAACACACCGACCGUCUGCGAGGAAGAAGCGUGCCGCUGCGACCCCUUCACUAGAGUCAUAUGCACUUGCACCCGAGACUAUCCCGAGGUGACCUUGCGACCAGACGGAGCUUACCGAGUUCCCUCUACUGCUACUGGCAUUAUUAUAGAUAACUGUUCGCGGGUGACCUUCCUGCCCGACACCGUGCGAAGUCUUAUACAACUUCGCAAUAUAGAACUAAGAAAUGUGGAUCACGUUGUCAUUAACGAGCGAGCCCUAUCUUGGUCUCCGUUCUCCACGCUGAACGAAAUGAACCCAGGACUACGGAUUUCGAUAACAAAUAGUACUGUAGACGAGAUCGCGUCCCACGCUAUACAGGGACGCGUCAACGAUGUCGUCAUUAGCAAUAGUAGGAUUAAGGUGCUAAAGCCCUUCGCGUUCUCCAGCCUUACAGGAGUCAAUACUAUUGACUUACAAGACAAUGUGUUUGAGAACAUUGAAAUACAGGCUUUUAAGAAAUUCACCGUAGACAACUUUAUGCUGCGCGGGGGCAGUAUAAAUACACUACCGAGCAGGUUCCUUUCUGACGUGGAAGUGACCAACCUGUUCCGUAUGGAAGGAGUAUCUAUUAAGUAUUUGUAUAGUUUAACUUUUCUUGUCAGUUCACCAAAGAGGGUCCUCAUAGAGAGUAACACAAUAGAAACAUUGGAGGGAGAUGGAUUUCACAUAGUUACUAGAGGGCCAAUUACAUUUAGAAAUAAUACUGUAACCAAUUUGAGGAAGGGCGCAUUUUUCGGAUUCACCGCGGAUUUGGAGGUGGCGUCGGUGAUGGGGCCUCAGGAGCUACUAAUUGAUAACAACACUAUUACUAAUUUGACACCGGCCUCUUUAAUGUACAACCGUACGAGACUGACUUUGAGGGUCGAUGGACUUAACCUGAAUACAUCGUGUGCUUGUGAAUUGGCAGAGCAGUGGCGUGAAGUGUUAAAAGAACAAGGUGGAACAAUAACGUGCUGGUACGAGCUCGAGGGCUACUACAUAUCGCUACCAACAUAUGUGGACAGUAGGUGCGGACCGUUCAAACAAAACUUUUGGAUUUUUGUUCUUAUAGGUGUCAUUUUAGUAUUAAUUCUAGCGGCCAUAGCCAUAUUCUUUAUAGUAAGACGAGAAAACGAAAAGAAGAAGAAAGUGCAGAUAGUCAUGCCAGAUGGGAAGACUUACAGGGAGACCGAGUUCCACAUAGUUGUUGAGAGGGCCGAGCUCCUCACUACAGAUUUAUGAGCGGUUGUGUUGUGAGAACAAUUGAUCUCUGUCCUAGUGUCCAUGGUGACACACAAUAGAUGACUAGGUAGUUCGAUGCAUCGCUCCGUGAAUUAUACGUUCCAUCGAAAUUCUACCUCAGGGCCUUGAUUCUGCUACAUUACGCAAACAACUACCUAUACUGAGCUUUGAAAAGUUGUGACGACAAGUUGGAUGUCACGUGUGUGUUUGUAGCAACAUCAGAGCCAUUACAAAGUGCCAACAUUUAGUUAUACACCGACCAGUAUUACGCGAUGUGGUGUUGCGAAAGAAACUACUUAGCUAUUUGUUAUGGUAGCGUUAAAUUAUUGUGAUUAAUAAAAAGUACAAGGAA